UCACUGCGCCGAGCUGGGAGAGUGACCGUAAGUGUCCCAACCUCGCAUCUUGCCGGCGUGACUUUCAGAGGCGAGUGACACAGUGACACCUGAAGGAUGGUGAUCACCUCGCCCACAUUGUUCGCGCGGGCCCGGGGAGGAGACAGGUUCUGGAAGAGGAGGCGAGUGGUGUCGCUGUCUGCGCAUUUCUAUGGUCGCAAGCGGAACUGCUACACCAUUGCAAUCAAAUAUGUUAAUCGAGCUUUGCGGUACAAUACCUUGGCAAGAAGACUGAGGAAAAGCGAUGUCAGAGAAUUGUGGACCACACGUAUUAGUGCUGCCUGCACAGAGCUGGGUACCAAAUAUCCAGACAUGAAAAUCAUGAUGGAUGACAGCAGCAUUGCCUUGAACAGAAACAUGUUGCAAAACUUGGCCAUAUGGGAGCCACGAUCUUUUAGGGCCCUUGCACUGCUCACCAAGAGCAGGCAGGAAGUAGGUCUGAAUUCCCUUGAAGGUCCUAGCCCAGCAGGUGUGGUCACCCGGGGCAUGCUAUGAAGUGUUUCCCCACUAGAGUGACCAUAUGCUAGUGCUGAGAGAUGUAUUUUACAAGCUAAAUGUAGAAAGAUGUACAGGUUUUACUAUCCUUUUCAUAAAGGAUUAUAUUUGUAGAUGAGAGUAUAUGAAAAGAUUGUAUUUAUGUAUGUGUAUGAUGAAUUACUUUUAUGCCUUUGUGAAAUAGAUCUCAACUAGAAUGCACAAAUAGUUAUUUUGCUUAAUCAACAUUUCAUGAUUUUCAGAAAGAAAAUGCACAUGGCAGUUGUUAUAUUUAUGCCUAACCAGAGAUUAUACAUUUCUUCAUGCAUUUUCUUCCUGAAAGCUUUAGUAUUGUUGACUUGAGAAUGGGUAUUUUUCUUUUCUUAAAACUCUUAUAAUAGCACUUGUUCAUUGAGGAAUUUUAUGUUUUCUGUAAUAACAAUUUCAUUUUUCUGAUCAACAAUUCAUACGCUCUGGAUUAUAUUGUAUUUUCAGUUAAAUCUUUAUACUUAUAAAAGGACUUCUUCCAUAAAAUAUUAAGUGUUUGCAUGAUACAAAAGAAAUCUGAGCACUCAUAUUGCUGAUUGUUGGAAAACGGGGAAAAGCUCAUCAGUCCUUGUGAGCGCCCGCACAUGUAUUUCCAGACCACAGGUGCAACUGUUGUGAGAAUCUUGACUGGAUUGGUACUGCUUGGCUUUCCCUGAGCAUGAAAAUUUAAGGAUUGCCCAAUACUGUCACACCAUAAUGUUCACAUUCCUCUAGUUCAUAAAUAUCUAGUUCUCUAGUUCAUAAAUAUCAGAUCUGGAAGUAAUAUUUCUUAGUGGCUUCUGUAGAAAAUCUUUACAUUCUAGGUGCCAUAAACCAUUUCAAGAAACUCAAAUCUACAACUGUACAUUUUAUUUGUGUAUAUUUCAUUUAUAAUAAAUAAUUCCUAGAACAA